AUGGUCACAAAACAAAGACCAGCCGGCACAGAAACCAAGACGCGCCGGAAAAAGCGCAAAGCCCGUACCGAAGUCUCCCCAUCGUCCCCCGAAAGCGACGGCGGCAGCAGCGAUGGCGAAGCAGAAAAUCAGAAUCCAGUAAAAGCUACCCCAUCUCCAGCGACUCCCAACCCGGCACCCGUUGCAGCCGCGAAGAAAAAGCCCAAGAAAAGCGAAAAGGCAGCCAAAGCAGAACAGCCCCGAUCAGCAGCAGCAGAACCAGCAGAAACAUCAGCACAGAACCAACCCUCAGCCCCGUCCCCACAUGCAUCCUCACCAGCACCACCACUGUCGGCCCCAGCUCCCCCAACCCAACAACGACCCCGGCAAGGGGAGGCCUUCUCCUCCUUCUACCUGCGCAAAGUAACCGCCGAGCUAGCCGACGACCUAGACAAGGUCCGGCAGGCUGGUGACUUCAGGGCUCGUACAUCGCUGCCUAUGCUUAUCCACGCACUGCAGCAGGGCGAGGCGAUCUUCUCAGCGGAGGAGAAGGGGAGGGCUUGGAGGGGGUAG